AUGAUAGCAACACAGUUUAACGUCAGCCGUGAUCCGGAUCGGAGUGGGUCGACGGCUGAGCCCCUGAACUGGAAGGGGAUUGGCCUGGCCUUGCUGGUGAUCAGCCUGAUUUUCUCCCUGGUCGUCUUGUCCAUCGUCAUCCUGACUCCGGAUGUGUUGACCCGGAAGAUCACAGUCCCACUCUCUCUGGACGAUAUCAAGCGGGAGGAAUUCCAGACACACCAGCCAGACGUUCAGUGGGUCAGUGACCGCCACGUGGUGUUUCGGACGAGGGAAGGACACGUGAUCAAACAGGACGUGGAGACGCAGGAGACGGUGACCUUGGUGGGGAACAGCACGUUUCUCUCUCUGAAAGCAACAAGGUACCGGGUGUCCCCUGACCUGAGCUCCGUGCUUCUGAUUUACAACAUCCAACAGGUGUAUCUUUACUCCUUCACAGCCUCCUACGCCAUCUACAACAUACAGACCAGGGAAGUGACUGAGCUGAGAGGUGAGGGGCUGCAGGGCUCAGUGCUGCAGUACGCUGCCUGGGGAGCCAGCGGCAACCAGCUGGUCUACAUCUUGGAGAAUAAUAUCUACUACCAGCAGACGGCACACAGCCCAGCUCGGGCCCUCACCUCCUCCGGCAAGGAUGGAGUCAUCUUCAACGGCAUUGCCGACUGGGUUUACGAAGAGGAGCUGCUCAGAUCCUCUGUCGCCCACUGGUGGUCUCCUGAUGGUGCUCGCCUGGCGUACACCGUCAUCAACGACUCCUCGGUGCCCAACAUGGAGAUCCCCCAGUUUCUGGGCACCUUGUACCCCAUUGGCAAAGUCUACCCGUACCCCAAGGCUGGACAGAGUAUCCCGACAGUGAGGCUGUUUGUGGUUAAUCUCUCUGGGUUCGCUCACACCCUCCAGCUGAUCCCUGUGGAGAGCUUCGGGGCCAGGGAAUAUUACAUCACCAUGGUGGCGUGGGUGACCAAUACCUGCGUGGCAGUGCGAUGGUUAAACAGAGCUCAGAACUUUUCCAUCCUCACCUUCUGCGAUGCCACGAAUGGAGCCUGCGUGCAGAAACACAGGAGCUCAUCAGACACCUGGCUUACCCAACAGGAGCAGCCUCCAGUGCUGUCCGCUGAUGGAGAGACUCUGUUCCUGAUCACUCCCACUAAACAGGGCAACCAGCGAGACUUCCAGCAUGUGGUCAUGUUUGUACCUCAGUUAUUUCCAGAGCACAGAAGCCUCCGCCAGAUCAACACACCUGUACAGGUGAGAGCGCUGACCAGAACAGGAGCCGUGUCCCCCGGCGCCGAGCUGAGCCGUGUCAGGAAACCUGAGCCCCCGGCCGUCGCAGACACCACGGGCUCGUUCCAGCGAAGCUGUGUGACCUGCGACCUGCUCGCCGACUGCAGCCACUUCGCGGCCGGAUUCAGCCCAAACCGCGCACAUUUCGCCCUUCACUGUAAAGGACCCGGAAUCCCCAGAGUCACCGUUCACCAGACCAUGGAUCCCAGGAAUUACUAUGUACUGGAAGCGAAUGAUAUCCUCAGUGAAGCCUUAGAGAGGAGGCGACUGCCUGUGACUGAGUUCAGGACUGUGCGCGUCGACGGUUAUGAUCUGCAGCUGAAGCUGUCUCUGCCCCUGGGGCACGGUGAGACCUCUCACCCUCUGCUGCUGGUGCUACCCGAGGAGCCUGGUUCUGCCCACGCUGUGACCUCUGGGUUCGGCCUGGGCUGGGAGACUGUGGCCGCGGCCAGCGUCGGGGCCGUGGUGGGCCGCUUCGAGGGCCGAGGGAGGGCCGAUGGGACCCCGAGGCCACGGCAAGGAGUCAGCGACGACCAGGGCCCAAGCAAGGUCACGGAGCAGGUGACAGCAGUGGAAGCUCUGCUGAAGCUUCCCUUUGUGGACAGGAGGAGAGUGGGAGUUUAUGGCAAGGGCUAUGGGGGUUAUUUAGCUCUGAGGCUCUUGGCUUCCACCGAGUUCAUGUUUAAAUGUGGAGUGGCCAUGGCUCCCAUCACUGACUUCAGACUGCACGCGGCUGUGGUAUCCGAGCGGUUCCUGGGGCUGCCGUCGCUCGAGGACCUGUCCUACACGGCGGCUUCGCUCCUGGAGGAAACGCACAAACUGCAGAACCGUCGCUUUCUCCUGGCGCACGGCACGGCAGACGCCCGGGUACAUUUCCAACACACGGCUGAGCUGCUCAGGAGGCUGAUCGGUGUCAAGGCCAAUUACACGGCACAGGUUUACCCGGACGAAGGUCACUACUUCAGGUCGGAGAGGAACAAGGAACACCUGGAGAAGAACAUCGUGGCAUUUUUUCAGGACUGUUUCGGGAUCGAUGGGAAUAGCCCGGCACUCGUUCCCGACAGAGAUUAGGGGUUUGCACGUCCUGACUGUGAAACGCCGCUCCGACAGAUCAGCAGCACGACAAUAUGUGAGGGCGGAGAGUGGUGGGGGAGAGUGCGAUUCCCUCACAGGACACGGGUG